UUCAUCAGUUUCAUUUUGUACUCGUACGUGGUGAGACGAUAGUGCGCUUAAAAUAAUUUACCAGUAUUAUCAUUUAUUACAUUUUUUUUUACCCCUCUCAACCGGUUUAUUGAAAUUAUAUCUGUAUAUACAUAUAUAAUUAUUGUAAUAUAAUACGCACACAAUAUUAUUCUGUAAAAGAAAAAUAAAUAAUAUUAUUUUUAUUUUAUAAUAAUUCAAAAUAAAUAAAUAAAAAUGGUUAACUAUCAUAAACCGGAAAAUAAAACUGUUCAAGAAUUAAAAGAUAUCGCACAUCGUCUUAGGAUUCAUUCAAUAAAUUCAACUCAAGCUUCUAAAUCUGGACACCCAACAUCAUGUUCUUCGAUUGCAGAAAUUAUGUCCGUUUUAUUUUUCCAAACAAUGAAGUACAAAGUUGAUAAACCACGUGACCAGUCAAGUGACCGUUUUAUUCUUUCUAAAGGUCAUGCUGCACCAAUAUUAUAUGCAGCUUGGGCGGAAGUUGGGCUCUUCCCGGUGUCAGAAUUAAAUAAUCUUCGUAAAAUCGAUAGUGAUUUAGAAGGUCAUCCAACACCACGUUUAAAUUUUAUUGAUGUCGGUACUGGUUCUUUAGGACAAGGUGUAGCAGUUGCUAAUGGCAUGGCUUAUAUUGGAAAAUAUUUGGACAAUGCUGAUUACAGGACUUAUGUUUUAGUUGGAGACGGUGAAUCUGCUGAAGGAUCGGUAUGGGAAUCUCUAAAUUUUGCAGGUCAUUACAAAUUAGAUAAUUUGUGCGUAAUUUUCGAUGUAAAUCGCUUAGGACAAUCUGAACCAACAUCCUUGCAACAUGACAUGGAAACAUACCGCAAACGUUGUGAAGCAUUUGGUCUAAAUGCAAUUGUUGUUGAUGGGCAUGAUGUUGAAGAAUUAUGUAAAGCUUUUUAUGAAGCUGCUAACACAAAAGGUCGUCCAACAGCGAUCAUUGCUAAAACCUAUAAAGGAAAAUAUUUCCCAAAUAUUGAAGAUUUAGAAAAUUGGCAUGGAAAACCUUUAGGUGAUCGGGCUGAAGAUGUUAUUAAAACCUUACAAAAUCUAAUUCAUAACCAUGGUACAUUGACUUUAAAACCACAAGCCCCUGUUAAAGAAAUACCAAUCGCUAAUAUUUCAAAUGUGAAAUUAGCUACACCACCAGAGUACAAGUUAGGCGAAUCUGUAGCAACACGUUUAGCUUAUGGUACAGCAUUAGCUAAAAUAGCUAUUAAUAAUCCACGUGUUAUUGGCUUAGAUGGCGACACUAAAAACUCAACUUUUUCUGAAAAAUUGAAAAAAGCUUUUCCUGAACGUUAUAUUGAAUGUUUUAUUGCUGAACAAAAUCUAGUUGGAACAGCCAUCGGGGCAGCGUGUCGUGAUCGAACAAUAGCAUUUGUUUCAACAUUCGCUACAUUCUUCACUCGUGCAUUCGAUCAAAUCCGAAUGGGAGCUAUUUCGCAAACAAAUGUUAAUUUUGUUGGAUCUCAUUGUGGGGUCAGUAUUGGAGAAGAUGGCCCUAGUCAAAUGGGUUUAGAAGAUCUUGCAUUGUUCCGCUCAAUACCUGGUAGCACUGUAUUUUAUCCAACAGAUGCAGUUUCAACAGAACGUGCAGUUGAAUUAGCUGCAAAUACAAAAGGUGUAUGUUUCAUUAGAACUUCCCGGCCAAACACAGCCGUUCUCUAUCAAAAUGAUGAAAAAUUCCACAUUGGAAAAGGAAAAGUUGUUAAACAAUCGUCAAAGGAUCAAGUUUUAAUAAUUGGAGCUGGCGUCACUUUGUAUGAAGCCAUUAAGGCAGCUAAUGAAUUGCAACAAAACGGAGUUCACGCCCGUAUUAUCGAUCCAUUUACAAUUAAGCCUAUAGAUGCUGAAUUAAUUUUACAAAAUGGUCAAGCUUGCGGUGGCCGAAUAGUUGUUGUCGAAGACCAUUAUAAAGAGGGGGGCUUAGGGGAAGCGGUCAUGUCAGCUGUAGCUGGUCAUAGAAACUUUGUAGUUAAGCAUUUAGCUGUCACCGAGGUGCCACGUUCAGGACCACCUGCCGUGUUACUCGAAAAAUAUGGAAUUUCAGCUAACAAAAUAAUCAACGCUGUUGGAGAAAUACUUAGUUUAUAAAGAAAAUUAAUACAUAUUAAUAUACAUGUGUACUUAUGUGCAUAAGUGCGUAUGUACAGAAGUACAGUCAAAAAACUUUUUCAAUUGUAAAGUCAUAAAUUCUUAAAAACUGGUUGUUUCUUUCGUUUGCUAAAAGAACUUAGCCUUUUUCUGUUAUAUGUGUAGAUGUUAGUUAAAUUGGGGGUGUUUAAAUCACUAUAUUCAGUUAAACAUAUGAUUAUAUUUUUAAGUUGUUAAUUAAUCAACUUUUUCUACGUCAUGUUUUCAAUAAAGUGUUACUUACAGAUUUUGAUAA